AUGCCAGCCACCGGCCCACCAGUGGCAGCGGCCAACCGGGAAAAGUCCGGCCUCUCCCGAAUGCGCAAUCCGAAUACAUCUUUGUGUUGCUCUAGCAUCCCACCCAUAGAGUGGACCACGGACUGUAAGAGUGAGGAUUAUGAUGGUAUAAUCCUGGUCGCUAAGAGCUGUGACAAACUCCCCUCUGAGCUGGAGUGUCUUAAAGGACCUCUUAAAGACUACAGCUCCGUGGACAGUGGAUUGGGAGAGGAAGUUGUGGUUGUCAAGGUUUCUGAUGUUCCUGGUAACAGGGUGGUGUUUGCCCCCACGGGCCCAGUGAACAGAGACUACGAUGAUGUCAGGCGAUUUAGCGACGCUGCCGUCAACGGUGUCAAGAGGGCUUUGAAAGCUGGCAUGCAGCGCCCUCUUCUGGUUUGUCCUGCUCACAGCAGCUAUGAGAAUUGCACUCUAGUGGCUGUGCUGGGAGCUAUGCACGCACUCUACACACCCCUGGAGAUCAGGGAGGUGAAACCCUUCACUCAUAAAGUGGCUGUACUGGGCGUGUGGGCUAAGGAUGAGAGCCAGGGUAAAGAGAUCAAAGAACUGGCCUCUGCCCUGGAGAGCGGCAGGUGUGUUUGCCGUGACAUCGGGGGGUCGGAUCCUGAGAGAAUGGCCGCGCCCCGUGUGGCUGAGUAUGUUCAGGCUCUCUUUAAGGACAGCAAGGAAGUGGAGGUGACGGUUGUGAGUGAUUUGACUGUACUGGAGAAGGAGUAUCCCUGCCUGGCUGCUGUUAACCGCUGUGCCAACGCGGUACCUCGUCACCAGGGACGAGUAAUCAAACUGCAGUACUGUGGCGAGGGGCCUAUUCAGCGCACACUCAUGUUAGUGGGCAAAGGCAUCACCUACGACACAGGUGGAGCUGACAUCAAGGCUGGUGGGGUGAUGGCAGGAAUGCACAGGGAUAAGUGUGGAGCUGCAGCAGUGGCUGGUUUCUUUCAGAUCUUGGACAAACUCAAGCCCAAGCACCUUAAAGUCAUAGGUGCUAUGGGGAUGGUUCGGAACAGUGUUGGCUCAGACUGCUACGUGGCGGAUGAGCUGGUGGUGUCCCGCGCCGGGCGGAGGAUUCGUGUGGGGAACACAGACGCUGAGGGUCGCAUGGUUAUGUUGGACCUGCUCUGUGAGAUGAAAGAGAAGGCCGCACAGGAGACGGCCCCUGAGCUGUUCACCAUCGCUACUCUGACAGGACAUGCCACCAGAGCCAUGGGUCCCAACUACAGCAUCGUCAUGGAUAAUGGGCCAGCCUCCCGUCAAGGAAAUGCCUUAAAGUUGCAGAAAGCUGGGGACGUGCUAGGUGACAUGUUUGAAGUGUCCACUAUCCGUCGAGACGACUACGAGUUUCACCGCGGUAAAUCUGAGUAUGAGGAGAUCCUCCAGUGUAACAACCUGCCGUCCAGCGCUACUCCCCGCGGUCACCAGACCCCUUCUGCCUUCCUUAUCAUGGGAUCCGGCCUGGACAAGCAUGGCAUCGACUCGGACAGCCAGCUGCCUUACUCCCACAUUGACAUCGCCGGUUCCAGCGGCCCCUUCCCGGGCAUCCCCACCGGAGCCCCGGUCGUCGCCAUGGCAACCCACUACAUCCUGCAGAAAAUCUAA